UCAGAGUAGUUUUGAGGGAGUGAACAAUUUAAACGGUCUACCCUGCUCGUGGGGUGUUUUGAAAAGUUCCUCUCUUUCUGGAAAACCGAACCUCAUAUUCUGAGUGUACUAGGGGUGUUUAAGAAGAAGCUGAAGGAAAACAAAAUGCCAGUGAUUUUUUGAGUAAUCAAGUUCCUCGUCUAAUGAAAUACGGUUAUUUAGGGGAAUGGCAUACCGACUCCGAUUUGGACUUCUCCCUGAACUUCUUGGAAGAGUUGAAAAUAACAUGAUCGUUCCACUUAAUCCAGAAAAAUAUCGAAAUACUCAAAGAAGUGUUGAUCCAUCCAUAUAUUUCCGUCCAAUAUAUACUUAUCGCAGAGGAGGCUCGACUUUUAUACGUUUUGACCCACCACCGAAAUUCCAUUAUGGUGAUGAAUUGUGGCGACCGAGUUUUUCUGUUGAUCGCCCUUAUGCAGUAUUGCAUGGAACUCAUUUUUAUGAACUGCAUGCACCUCCAGACCGGGAAAAUGAGAUAGUCGAACCUCAAGAAAAUGAUGUAGUGAAACGGAAUGGAAUUCCUCGUGCAACAUUCGAUGAACAAGGCAAGUGGGUACCAUUACGUUCUAAUGGCUAGGCAUACGCAAUUCCUGAUCGUCUAGCGCUGAUAAUGUAAAAAAUAAAAUACAAUUUUAAACAAAUAUAUUUAAUAAUUGUGUCUAAAGCAUCAAGUUUUCAAAAUAAUUAAUUAAUGCUGACCU